UGCUUAGAUUUCCCCCUCCCUCCUCAUUAGAUAAUUUUAUGAGUGGUGGUGCCAUCCACUCUCUCCUCCAUUCCUCCUCCCUCUCUGCCACCUAUCACUGUUCCCCUUCGUCCUUUCCUUUCUCCCAUCACCACCACCCAAUGCACCCCAUACCCCACUUCAACUAUUCCCAUUACCACCAACACUAACUAUAGAAACAUCGACCCACCAAAUUUGUCAAGGAAAAGAGGAAGCAAAAAAAGAAGAAGAAGAAGAAGAAGAAGAAGCAAGAACUAGACGGGAAGAGAGACACAAAGCCCACCAAUUGGUUCCUUCUAAUGGAUCCCUUGCCUCCAUCUCCAAUUCCCUUUGUAGCACUCUCUCUUUUCCUCCUAUUUCUCCUUUCUAGUGGGCUAUUGGUGGUGGGCGGCACCACAUUCACAUUCGCGAACAAGUGCGGCUACACGGUGUGGCCGGGGAUCCUGUCGAGCUCCGGCAGCUCGGAGCUCGAGACGACCGGGUUCGAGCUGGCCGCCGGCGGUUCCCGGUCGUUCCAGGCGCCGACCGGGUGGUCCGGCCGGUUCUGGGCCCGGACGGGGUGCACGUUCGACGGCGACGGCAAGGGGUCCUGCGCCACCGGAGACUGCGGGACCGGGGAGGUGGAGUGCAAGGGCGGGGGGGCGGCGCCGCCAGCGACGCUGGCGGAGUUCACCCUAGCGAGGCCGGCGUCGGCCAAGGACUUCUACGACGUGAGCCUGGUGGACGGGUACAACCUGCCGAUGGUGGUGGAGAGCCGCGGCGGCGCCGGCGCGUGCGCGCCGGCGGGAUGCGCGGCGGAUCUUAACCGGCGGUGCCCGGUGGAGCUGAGGAUCGGGGAGGGGGAGGGGGAGGCGUGCCGGAGCGCGUGCGGGGCGUUCGGGAAGCCGGAGUUCUGCUGCAGCGGCGCGUACGCGAGCCCGGCCACUUGCCGGCCCUCCUCCUACUCCCAGAUGUUCAAGUCGGCGUGCCCCAAGUCCUACAGCUACGCCUUUGAUGACCCCACCAGCACCUUCACCUGCUCCGGCGCCGACUAUACCAUCACCUUCUGCCCGGAAUCGCUGCCGAGUCAGAAAUCCUCUACAGAUUCUCCAACUCCAAAAACAGGAGGAGGGGUGCUGUUGGAAGAUAACUCUUGGCUUGCAAGCUUGGCAACUGGGGCUUCUCCUCCCACCACAGCGAGGUUGUCUUUCAUCCACCAAUCCCUGGUAAUCGUCGCCACCAUGGCUUGCAUCCUAUUGUCGCUAUAGCAUUAAAAAUUCUUCUAGUUCCUCUUCUUAUCCACUGCUCUCGCUGUCUCUCUUUGAGGACUGGUAAAAAGGAGUUUCCUUUUAAAGAGAGGUGAUGAUCCCGCAGCCUUAUCGAGGAAGAGAAGUUUGACUCGAGUCAAGUGAUGUAAGGCAAUGGUUUUGUGCAACUAUAUUCUAUAGAUUUCAUAUUGAGUGUUGGUUAAUUCAUAUGGUGAAAACAAAGAUGUAUAUGUAUAGAAUAAUGUACGGUUGGUGCUUUUGAUGGUCAUGGGGGGCGUGGGGAUGUAGGAAUCAUGGGGGAUGGCUUUUACUCUCCGAUUCUUUUUUAUGGGGUGGAGGAAAAGAGUAGUUCUGUUAACUUUAGCAACUUGGGUGAUGAUGGUGGUCAGCUGGUCCUCUGAUCACCUUGCUGCAGUGGACCCAUAGGUGGUUGGAUGCAAUGAUCACCCUUAUGGACUACUUCAAUUAUCUUUGUUUUUAGUUCCCUUAAUUUUGUUCUCUGUUGUUUGGUUGGGGAAGGCCCGGAACUAUAUAAAAUAGUUUUCCUUACUCAGGA